UUGAAAAGAAUAUGACCAAUUUGGAACGGUGGCUUAUUUAUUUAAUGCUGUUCAUUGUGCCAUAUUUCGGCGCGUUGUUUGCGGCCAUUAAAACGUUACGUGUAGAAAAGUGGUUAUUACCAUUACAACUUUUACCGUACAUAUUGAUUAUUAUGUUUGGUUUAUAUGCGGCCGGUACUGUUCUUUAUCGUACAUUUACCUUAAACGAUUGCCCGGAAGCGGCCAAGGAAUUGCAAGAACAAAUACGUGAAGCUCGCAAAGACUUGAUUGCUAAAGGUUUUAAAUUUUGAUGAUUUGUAUUAAAGGAAUGACUACUUUUCUGUAUAAAUAGAAAAAGUAAACAAAUGAGGAUUCUAUCAAUAAAACGCAAUCUAAUAUGCUCUUCCAUAACGUUGCGUCUAUUGAUUUCAAUUAAAAUUAACACUCAAUCGCAAGUUUUGUAUUCAUAUUUGUUUUUAUUACGCGAUGUAAAAGAAAAUAUCUUAAUAUGUGCUUUAUUUUUAUCCGAUAUGUGAAGUGGAGUUAGUAUAAUGUAAUACGUACGAUUGCUUUAUUCGCUUAGGUAUGACGAAUGCAUUUUGCAUCAAAAAAACUGGGUAGGUAUGUUCGCUCUCAUAUAUGCAACGCUCAAAACAGGUCUGAGAAAACUAAACAAUAAACGAACUAAACGAAAGCG